GCUUGCCAGAUUUAGUAAACAAACGGUUCCCAAAAACUAGAACAGAUCCACCAGUGCACGCACGGUGGAGUAUGCCAGAAGUGCUUGAACCGAUCGCACGUAGUACGAGAACAGGGCCAAGUGUAUUACGAUAACGACUGCGCCUUUCAGCAGAAAUAGUCAUCCGUUAGAUCUUGUAGUGUAGUGUAGUUCCAUCGUUUGCGAUCGACAUCCAAGAAUGUGGAAAGUUUCCAUCCUUUUUCUAGUACCACUGCUGUGUGGAUUGAGUAAUGCUUCACCCGACUUGGGAUUGGACAUUGCCAUCGACUAUGUUACCCAGAACAAUCCGAACGUGCUGGCGUCGGCCAAUAUGGUUGGGACGGCUACCGCCGAACUGCAAGGUGCCAUCGGUGGCUACGUGGUAGCGAAGCUGAACGGUUCCACCAGCUUGGUUGUAUCCGGUGAAGCACUUGUCUCACUGGUCGGCAACAUUACCGUCAACGUGAACGAUGUGCUACGGAACAUUUCGAUCGUGGCGAGCCAGCGACAGACGGCCCCGUCCUGUAUGUUCUCCAGCAUGAACGCAACCAUCGACAGGGCGUUUGUUUCGCUCGAUCAAGCGGCAAGUCUCAUUACAAAAAUCCAGACGUCUACCUCGUCCCAAAACAGUGGUGCCCUCACGUCCUGGAUGAAUAUGAUGCAGACGGCGAUGACGGAUAUUUCCACCUACCUGGACACACUGUACAAAGAAGUGUCCGCUGUAAUGGCCGCCGGACCCCUAUCGGCAGCGACAGUAUCUAACAACAUUAAACCGGCGACACUGUUCAAUCUGGCCGGUGCCAUUUCGGUAGUAACCACGGCUGAGAAGGGUCUCACGACUACCGUUCGGUCGAUCCGUUCCGCUUUCGAGCAAUCUGCUAACAUUCUCAACAGCUACAGUACCGACAUGACCAAUGCGCUGAACUCGGUCAACAACACCCAGAGAGACUACUACAACCAGGUGGUGAGCCGCAUCACCUCGUACAAGAAUAAGGUAUCCUCGGAGGCAGGCUGGGGUGUGACCGAUCUCGUCAACAGACUUCCGCGUGUGAAUCCAUUCAUGCAAGACUCGGCCACGCGUACUACCGCGCUACAACUGAACACCUCAAUCACGACCACGUCAACAGCCAUCCAAUCCAGUGCGGACAUUUUCUCCAACAGUAUCCAGAACCAGAUGACGCUGCUAUUUACCGGUGCGGAAGCAUUCGUUCAGACGAACAUUAAGGCGCUGGUGCCGGUGCUUGAUUCUUCGCUGUUCAAGCUAGCCGCAACCAUGUCGGCCGGUGGUACGUACGCGAGUAACUGCAACGCCAAGUACGGUGGUGCAAUCACAAACCUCGAGAACAAUAUGCGCGACGGGUUGCAGAAAUGUUUCAACGAUUUCGCCAACACCGCCUAUACGGAUUCGUUCAUCAGCGAGUACAACAUGGUGAUCCGUGAGCAGACGCGCAGCAUUGCCCAACGUCUCGACUUUUGUCUUAAUCUCGGUUCCACCACCUCAACGUCGGUGAUAAAGGCUGGCAUUUCGAAAUGUCUUUCGGAGACGGUCACUUUGAGCGAGAAUCUAAUGAAAGAUGUCAGCAUCCAGACGAAGCUGGUCGUUGCGAUGAUCAAUCUGGAGAGUUUGGCGACGGUGCAGCGUGUGGAAAGCUGCGGUGCCAUCAUGAAUCACGGCCUGGUAGCAAAGGCUGCCUCACUGGACACGUUGCUGGCCAGCUGUCAGACCACCAACCAGUAGGCUUGUUUGGUACAUAGGCACAUCCAAUAGUUGUUCGUAUUAGUGCGAUUACUCGACAGAAACAAUAAACAUAACGUUUGAUCGAUGGGUGUUACAAAUUAACCGAUGUAUAUAAAGGUCCAAUUAAAAGUUUGGAGAAAAAUUUGAUUCGCUUUCUG